CUCAAGCAUUGAAGAAAGUGAUUUGAGAGUAUAUAAUCGCAUGAUCUCCUCACCACACGAAGGUUGCUUGCAUGAUAAUUUUUCAUUUUCACUGUCCGCGAGCAAACAGGUUGUUUAAGCAUUACUGUUCGCCACGCUCCCAAUCACACACUCUCUCCAUUCUCUCUCCCUUUACUUUGUGCAAACGUUAACGCAAAAAGCAAGAAGCAAAAUGACUCGUGAAAUCAUCUUGGCAAUCGACCCUGAAUCCGAGGAAGCUGAAAAAGUGGUCGCGUGGUCCUUGAAUAAUUUUCUCCGUGCAUCGGAUCACGUCAAUUUGGUAACGAUGCUGUACUUGGACGUUGAAUUUGUUGACCAUGAUUAUUCCUUGGCUGUGGACGAAAAGGAUAUCCUGCAGAUGGAGGAAAAGCUCAAAGCCAAGUUUUCCGUUGGAUUGGAAAAGCUCCGUACCGACUUUGAAGCCGCAGGCAUUUCCAAUGUCACGAUUCAGCUGUUGAAUUCGGAGAGUUCAGGUCCAUGCCAACGUCUGAUUGAGCAUCUCGACACGAUUCAGACCGAUUGUCUGAUCAUGGGCAGUCGGAAUCUGUCGGGCUGGAAACGGCUCUUUAUGGGAAGUUUCAGUGAAUACAUCCAAACGCACGUCCAUUGUCCGGUGCUUAUAGUGAAAUAAUGGAAAUAAAUAAGAACUUCUUAUUCGUA